AUGGUGCCUCUGGCGCUCUGCACUCUGGCUCAGGCUGAGUUGGUCUCCUCGGCCUUCUUCCGGGGCGCAGGAACGGGCACCAGCCCCUGCCGAACACCAAUGGCUCCCACGCAAGGGGUGGGAACGGGCGCUGCAGCAGGCUGCGUGCUGGCUGGUCACACCCUUGGGGCUGGCACAGGCGCCGGAUCCAACCUGAUCUCCUCCACUCCCACGCCGUGGAGCACACUGGUGGGGUUGGCGGUGGUGCCAGCAAGGCCCCCUAUCUUCCGCAAGUGGAGCUCAGUCUGGACCCGUAGUUAUUCCAGCUCCCCGCCUUGCCCCCCAGUUACAUACACAGAAAGUUACAUAAGCACUAUUGGUGUGGAUUUCAAAAUACGAACUAUAGAAUUAGAUGGAAAGACCAUUAAACUUCAGAUUUGGGAUACAGCGGGACAGGAAAGGUUUCGUACAAUCACGUCCAGCUACUACAGAGGUGCUCAUGGUAUCAUCGUAGUGUAUGAUGUCACAGAUCAGGAGUCCUUCAAUAAUGUCAAACAGUGGCUCCAGGAGAUUGACCGCUACGCCAGUGAAAAUGUCAACAAGCUACUGGUUGGGAACAAGUGUGACCUGACGACAAAGAAAGUGGUGGACUACACAACAGCAAAGGUAAAGUUUCCUCACGUAGCUUGCCAAAACCAUCUUGAGGUUAGUGUAACAUGCAGGACAUUCAUUGAAUGACUACUUAUUUAAGAU